AUGGGACCAAACCUCUCUGAGUUCAGCGUUACCUUCCAUUCUCAUCCCCCUACAGAGGAACCCUUUACAGUACCUAACUAUAUCGCUACAAUGCAGAUCACGAUUGCCCCUGCCUCCCCACAAACUUGCCGGGCUGCCAUCCAGGCGUUGUUAUGCGAUAGCUCCGCCCCUCUUGUCAUUGGCAUUUAUCGUGACCUAAAUAAAGUCCCCGCUGAAUUCAGGUCGCACCGAAACUUCAAGGCGAUUCGGGGUGACCUGAAAGACAGAGACACCCUGGACUUUACCGGUUCUGAUGCUGUCCUCACAUUGACACCACCGUGUUUGGAUGGGUCAGACUUUGUCGCUCAGGCUAAAGCAAUCUCAAGCAAUGUUCGAGAUGCGGUGGUGAAGGCCAAGUCGGUCAAACGACUAGUUUAUAUCUCUAGUAUGGGGGCGCAGUUCGCUAGCGGUGUGGGAGAGGUCCAGGCCAACCAUGAAAGUGAGAGAAUCCUCGAGUACGCCGCACCGGAAGUUGUCCUUGUUAGGAAUGGAUUUUUUAUGGAAAACUGGCGGGAUGCCCUGGCGACUCUAACGGCCGAUCCACCGUUCUUUUACUCAACAGUAACACCCAUAGACUAUAAGAUGCCAAUGGUGUCUGCGAACGAUAUCGGAAAGGCUUGCGCUCGCCAUCUUUUGCAGGCCGGAUCAGCGUUGAAGGCUAGUCCUCAUAUCUUCAAACUGCAUGGGCCUGUAGAGUAUUCUACUUCUGAUGUCCAAAGGGCAUUUGAAGAGGUAACAGGCAAGAAGGUAGAGGUGAGACUUGUGGAGAGAGAUGAGCUGAAGGCCUAUUUUUCGAAAUUCCUCCCCUUGAAUUUGGUAGACAAAUUUGUAGAGAUGACAUGGUCCUUUCUACCUGAUGGCAUUUUGGAGCAAGAUAUGAACGACUUCACUGGGAUUGAAAGGGGCCACGACACACUAGUUGAUGCGUUCAAGAAGAUGCUCUCCAUGUGA